AAAUUUUCGAAUAGAAUUGUUUUAGGAAAUCCAACAUUAUUAAGGCCAUUAUGUAUAAAACCAUAAGGCACGGUGAGAAUAGUUUGCAAUAUACGAUUUUACCGCAAAAUGAUGAUUUUCGAUUGGAGGACAAAAUAAAGGCGGCCUCAGGUGGGGGUGGUGGGGGUAUAAAGAAAUCGAAAACUAAAAAACCCAAAAGAAGAUCCUUUUUUGCCUAUUUGGGUCUGCUGUUUGUGUGCACCGUUAUUAUAGGGGCCGUUUUGGUGCCUUUUCUAGUGUCCGCCGAAUGUCUACCUAAUCCUACGGAAUGGUUUCUAAAAACUAAAAAUGCUUUUAGCCCUAAACCUUUGGAACUUAAGGAUCAUGUGCCCACUCAUUUAUCCACACAAAAUAAUAUCCUUAUAAAUAAAGGCAAUUUGGCUUUAAAUGUUGGUAAACCGGUGAAAAUUAUCAAUAAAGAUGGUGUUGAAAAGUUUAUUUUGAAAGUUAAUAAGUCACUUAGCACAGAAGCUCCUAACCAGCUAACUGCUAAUGUAAACAACUCUAAUAAAGAUCUACAAAGCUCUACAACUGACAAAAUUUCCAUAACACAUUUAAACCUAAAUGCAGACACCAGCUCAACACAACCCUCUGCCACAGAAUCGAAAACAGCUGAUGCUAAUCUUCUUAAAACCCCAAUAACUCAAACUACUUUAAGUCAAGCAGCCACUACUACCGUUGCUGCUGCUGCCACCACUACCCCCCUUCCCACUACUCUCUCAACAUUCCUCAAUCGUCCUUUGUCAUCGGCCUCUGCUGUACCCAGCGUACCGAGAGCCUCUUUACAGUCAGCUUUAAAUCAAAAUAUCAAUAGUUCUUCAACACAACCCACUAUUACGACACGUAUAAUGCAGGUGCCUCUUUUAAAAUCGACCGCUAAGAAACCUGCUAUACCACCAGUUUUAGUUAAAAAUCUCUCACCUAUACAACCUACACCUGAUAAUAGUAAUUUAAAUGAUAUUUUACCCGUUAAAACGUUGGAAAGUGUUAAUGGACAUGGCAAGGAUGAAAAAAAUUCAGAUUGGAUACAUUCUCAUUGGCCGUAUAUAGAUCCGUCGACAUAUUUUCAAUGGAAUGGUUACAAAACAGAGGAUAGUGUUUUAUUACCCGCUCUCUUGGGUUUCGCUUUAAUUGGUGUUAUACUCAUAAUCACUGUCUGUUUAGUGGCACGCAACAAAAGGACAAUAGUUACAUCGGUGAGGAAACGUAAUCGUAAUGAUCUAGAAGAAACUGGCGCCGAGGAUAAUACCACCUUAUUAACUAAUACCAAUUUAUCAGAUGAAGAUUAAGUAAAAGGGAUAUUUUUUCUUCCCCCCCCCUUCACUAAAGUUAUUUUAAGGUAAAUUUAUUUAUUUCAUACAUUUCAAAAUUUUUGUCGUAAAUUUUUAAUUUACUUUAAAAUUUUCUAAAAAAAAAACAAUAAUUUAAAAAAAC